UUCCCCGUCGCGGAAACUCAGAGACUGAGCAAUGAUAGUCGAGAGAAGCUUUUGAAGACACGCAUUUCAAAAUUUUUUAUCUUUUAAUUCCGUUUUUACAGAUGUCUGUCCAACGAAGGGAUCGACCCGUUAGAGAAUACUCAUCCGCUCAAGGUACAGCACGUAGUGUUCAAGAAGUACUCGUGUCCUCCAGUAAUGGGAGUUACGUGGAUUCGAGAUUUAACCGUAAAGACAAUUGGGAAGAACGAAACGCCACCAGUCUACCCCUGAAAACAAAACCCACAGUGUAUUCAAGUGGACAUUAUGUCAGCAAACCUCAAGGGAACAAAACCGGCUCCAGUGGAAUGGGGCCGGGAGUUUGCUCGCAGCAAAUUAAACCAGACUAUUUGUGCUACAAUCCUGUCCAUUACGAGCGAGAGAGAGAGAGUGAAAUUGCUGCCAGAAUUCAGAACGUUGAUAUUCGCGCUCCGAGUCCGGAACCGAGAACGGAUCAUACCAAGGUUAUUCCCGUCGGCGUGAACAGGACGAGGACUUCCGAAAACCGCCGACCUCCGCCUCCGACCAGACGAGUGUCAAGUUCGAUUUACAUUUCACCGUCGAAUCCGUCAAAUUUAAGAGCUUCUACGGUUGACACUUACGACCCGAAGACUUACCGAAGUAGCGACAGUCCGAAAGCUCCCCCUAGUAUAUCGAUUUCACGGCCAAGACACAAAGUGUCUUACGUGGGAAAUUUAGCUCAGAACUCUCGCCCGACAACUCGCGAUCGUUCUCCAUCGCCCGCACGCUCUGCGGAUGGGAUGGACAGUGAUUAUCGAGCCCGUGGUUCUUAUGGUCCGCGGCCUGCCCAGUAUGUACCCGCCCCUCCAUAUAAUCCACCACAUCAACGUGAACAUCUGAAAAGUUAUUCCACAUCAUCCUUAUCGAGACCGUGGUUCCAAUCGGGUUCGACCGACGAUUCAUACACAAACACUUCUCGAGACCUUCGGCAAAUACCGGCGCGAGUCAUUACUGAUCGGCCGGUUUGCGAGAAAUGCCGAUGCGUCCCAAUUGACAGGCGACAACGCCUAUGUGCUGGUUGUCAGCAGGAGCUGUACCAAAUUCACUCCAACACAGCCAGACUCUACUGAGGCCUAUUGUUACACGGGAGGGAAGAGAAGUGCAACAUGCCACAGCAUACCAUGGCAGUUUGUUUUACCAUGGUUUGUUUUGUUGUUAAGAAAAGAAAAAACGACCCCAGAUGUAAAAAUAUUUAUUCAGUAGCUUCAAACACACAGCACUAUUCAAUAUGUUGUAUGUACAGUUCCUCCUCACCGUUUGUGUUGUAGUUAAUUAUGAAAUGCAGCACAAGAAAUAGGAGAAAGGUCCGUGUAAGCGAAAUUAAAACUUAGAAUUUAUUAAGAGAUAUAUUCCCGUAGGAUGAUUUAGAAUGAUGCACCCCCAACGCGAGGAGAUUUGUCAUUUAGCCUGGGAUUUUGAAGGCUACAUAUGGCUUAUGUAUCAUCACUGAAUAGUUUCAGAGUUGUCUAUUUUUGUUUAAAUAAGUUAUAUUGAUAGGUUUCUAUUUUCUUCGAGAAGAAAUCCUUUUCGUUUGUUUGGGUGGGUCGCAAGUAAGGGGACGGUAUUAACCCUUUCAAUCCCAAGAUCUCAUUGAUAAUUCUCCUUAAUGUCUGCCAUACAAUUCUUAUGAUGUUAGUUCUGAGAAUUUGGUAUUGGAUCAACUAAUCCCAUAAUUAAUAUUUUUUUAUUCUCGUCACCUACCUACUUGAUAUUGUAAGGAGAAAUUCUCUCUCGGUCACUUGUGGGAGUGAAAGGGUUGAGAUCUGUUCUUAAAGAUGUGUACAAAGAAAAAUAUUACGAAUGAGGAAACCGUGGCGCAAUCUUUGGUUGAAGAGCGGAAGAUUGAUCCUGGAUAGAGAUUCCUUCUUCAAAUGUGAGGGUAACUAUGAACGAGCCAGGGGUGUAAUUUUACGGUAUUUACAUAUAAUCACUAUAGUAGUGGAAGAGUUGUUAAUAAAUUUAACGAGGAAUUUAAAAGA